AUGAAUACCGUGUCAGUAGCCGGUGAUGGUGUGGCGCUUCUGUACGCCGCAAUUAUACUGCUAGUCUUGACUUGGGUUACGGUCUCUAUGCGGGUUUGUGUCCGAAUUUGGCGGAAGGUCCUCGGUAUGGACGACUACCUGAUGGUCGUUGGGCUGAUUCUGUUCUCUGUAACGGCCUGCCUCUGCAUAGUCUCUUGCUUCUAUGGCUCUGGUCAGAAGGCUAAAGUCUUACCGGCUCUUACGAUCUCGAAAGGGAUCGAGACUUUCUACGUUGCGGAAUAUUUCUAUGCCGUCGGUGCCGCAAUAAUCAAAUGCAGUAUUUCUGUAACUCUCCUUCGCAUCGCCGCCUCCCAGCGCCGCUACAAUUGGUCCCUAUAUGCGAUCAUGGGCUUGACAUGCGUUGCUGCCAUCGUCUUCUGUGCCGGUAUAGCCAGUAUAUGCCAACCAAUCGAGACACUAUGGGGCGAGGCCAAGGGUAGCUGUAACCUCCAGCUAAACAGCAACGUCAGCUUCUUCUUCUCAGCAAUCGAGAUCCUGACAGACUGGAGCCUGGCCAUCCUGCCCGCCAUCUUGUUAUGGAACGUGCAAAUGAAGGGCAGCGUCAAGACUUCAGUAGCUGUCAUUCUCGCUCUGGCCUCAGUUGCAAGCUGCGCAACAAUUGUCCGCCUCAGAUACCUCGCCCUGUACAGCGACGCCGGAGAAUUCAUGUACAGCACCGGCAAGAUCGGAUUCUGGUCACUCAUGGAAGAAGGCAUCGGCAUAGUCGCCGGCUCUCUACCCGCUCUCCGCCCCUUGCUAUCCCUUAGAGUCGGAUUCAGCUCCAGCAUGAACACGCCCGGUGCUGCAACAUCGGGCAGGUCCGAACCCUUGAGCAGAAACAAGCAUGCCAGAUCGCGCUCAGGGGUAGUGAUGAUGGAUACGUUUCAGACGCUUGGGGAUGGCGAUGAGGUCGAGCAUGAUGAUGGGGAUAGUCAGAAGAAUAUCGUCAAGGAAACCAAGUAUGUGGUGACGUCGAGCUAUGUCGCUGUUAGCGAGGAGCGGGUUAAGAGCCAGGUGCUGGGUUGGGAGCAGGCGUUGAAGACUUGA